UGUAAUGGUGACAGAAAAUCAUUUUGUUUAAUAUUUUAUAGAUUUUUUUUAGAAAUCACAUGAAAUCUACAACUAAUGAGUACAAAAGGGAUUGCUGAUGUUAUACGGAGUGAGGUAAACAUUUUUAUUGAAGAUGAAAAAGAGAAAAGAUUUAAUGAUAAUAAAAAUUUGGAAGAGCAAAAACAUAAAGAAACUAAGGAAAGAAAAAACACGGUACAAAUUAAUGAUCAAGUAAAAGAUCUCGAGAAAGGAGUCAGUGAGAAGAGUGUGAAAAGCAGAGAUGGAAGGAAGAGUAAAAGUUCAAUCGGUCGUCAAACGUUGUGGAUUCAGUUUUUUGGGUAUGGAGAAGGAGCUGGAGGUGGUGGCGGAAAUGACCAACCAAAUUUUACUUACGAUCCUGAGAGUAGAAAUUACUUUGUGAAAUUUGUCUUCAUGAUUUUGUUUGUGAUGCUUUUGGUGACAAUUGGUAUUGUUGCCCUUGUCUUAAACACGCCUGAUGUUAAAGAAUUCUUCGAGAACAAUUAUUUCAUGUGUUUAAUGAUAUCUCUUGGUAUUAUAAUAUCGAUAAGUCUUUUGAUGAUGUGCAGCGAAUGCUCCAGACGUCCGCCUUGCAACUUCGUAUGUCUUUUUAUAGCAGUUAUUGGGAUGAGUUUUGUGGUGGUUACGAUGACAUGUCGAGUGCGAACAAAUUUAAUAUUCAAUGCAGUUAUUGCAACGGCCGCUGUUGUCUUAGUAUGCGUGCUUUUGGCAUGUUCUAGUUUCGACUUCACCAAAUGGUACUUAUAUGUUGUGGUUAUUGCUAUGGCAUUUGCAGCUGUGGCCACGAUAAUAUCUAUAUCUAUGUUGGUUAUGAACAUUCACUAUAAGCCAAUACAGAUGGUAAUACUUUUGAUUGGAACUAUAAUAAACUGUGUGGUUCUCAUAAUGGAGCUACAAACGAUUCUCGGUGGACGGGCCGUUGAAAUUGGCGAGUCUGAUUAUGCGUUGGCGGCUUUUAUGCUGUACACAAGUAUCAUUGAACUCUUCCUCAAGAUCCUUCACUUAAUGGAUAUGUCUGAUGACUGAUAUAAUAUAAUUUUAUUAUGAUUUUA